AUGGACCGAUAUAGAUCACCUGUGGCGCUAGAGGCGCUGCAGACGGCUCCAAAACCCGAGGGCAAGAAACUCAGGCGGAAGCUGCAAAAGAUUCCCAACAAUAACAACAACAACAAGCGGAAUAGUGUAUCAUAUGCAAACUCCAUCACCAGCAACGCCAAGACGUCAGAGUCUCGAGGGUUCCGAUGGUCAGCAUUCACAAAGCGAAACGACUCUACCAAAGGGACAUCACAGGCAGCCAAUGGCUCCUCACCCCUGCCAAUUGAUCUAUCUGAUCCCAAAUGGAACGAUUAUCUACGGACUAGCAGAUAUGUAGCCAAGGACGUCGAGUUUGUGCCUCAACCGCACAUUCAAGAGAAGCAGCACUCCACCACCCCAGUCACCAACAUCGUGCCCGAGUUUGCACAUUUGAAUGUGACCAAUGAGCUGCCCCGGAAUCUGUCAGAGACGGCGUCGACUGAUGGUCUUUAUUCACCCGACAGCCACUCGUCGGCCGCAUCUGCGUCAACGUCCAGGCGAAAGGCCAAAACGCCCGUCACUCGCAUUGGCCAGCUCGAAGAGUCGGCCGCCGCCACGCGCGACCCGGCCUCAAUGCAAGAUGCCACGAGCAUUGAGCACAUUGCAGAGUCGUACAGAGCCCUGGUAGAGACGCCGUCUGAUGUGGAGGAGAGGUUUAUGACGCCGUUUCAAGAGUUCCAGGAACUACCCUCUGACCUUGGGACGCGGGCGUGGGAGGUUCCCGCGGAUGGCCCUGUAAAGACAGUGAUUAGCCUGUCACAGUCGUACAAGCAGGACACGGGCUCGCCGACUGCUUCAGAUGGCACCUUGGUUGGGUUCGAGGAGGAUGCCAUUUAUUUCAAGCCCGUAUCGCUGUUGACGGAUCCUCCCUCUCCUCGAAACCAGGUGGCCGAAGUAAUAACAGUGUCUCCGAGCCAUGGUCAAUCCGUGGCCUCGUUGCUCCCCGAGAACCCCACGGUUCAGAUUAUAUCCGACCUCUUGACCAAGGAGUUGUCCACGGCAUUCGGCAGCAACGCCAUGAGGCCAAGUGGAGAAACCUCGUCAUUACAGGUUUGGCUCAUGAUCGAGGCGUACGAGAAGCUCAAGGAAAAAGUCGACAACAUGGGGCUGGGCGCAGAACACACACAAUCAGUGCAAUCCAUGUUUGGCAUGUGGCUGCAAACACUCCACACGAUCCAUGACAAUCUGACGGGGGACGACGGACGCCACAGCGAGAGUGACUACGGAGAAUAA